UAAAUUGCAAAUCGUGGCUCCUCUUUCAUUCUCUCUCUCCCUCCCCCCUUGGACAAGCUGCGAAAAUUUCUCAAAUCUUUGCUCCAUCAACCCUCUAGAUUCGAGCAUAAUCAACACACACUUUAUCUACUGAUUAACCCCUGAAAAACUGCCCUGAAUCUGCAAAACUCGUCUAUCUACGACGGCCUCGAUGUCGCCGGUAAAAAAGCUUGGAGUAGAAACUGUUCGAGGGUUUUGGAUCUGGGGAUUUGUUUGCUUGAUGUAUACCAACUAUACAAGUUGAGAUGGUUCUGAUCAUUUGUAGCGGCAAAGCAUUGCAAUGCUUCUAGUCCUGUAGUGCCCUAGUUGUUUUAAUGGGCUGCUUUAAUUCUACAGUGAGAAAACCAGUUCCCGGGCACGAGAACCCAACUAUUCUUGCUUCUCAAACGGCUUUUAGUGUCAGUGAAGUUGAAGCUCUAUUUGAGCUAUUCAAGAGCAUUAGCAGUUCUGUAAUUGAUGAUGGAUUAAUUAACAAGGAAGAAUUCCAACUAGCUUUGUUCAAGAACAGAAAGAAAGAGAAUCUCUUUGCAAACAGGAUAUUUGAUCUUUUCGAUGUCAAGCAGAAGGGGGUUAUUGAUUUCGGUGACUUUGUUCGAGCACUUAACGUUUUUCACCCUAAUGCCCCACAAGAAGACAAGAUUAGUUUUUCUUUCAAACUUUAUGACAUGGAUGGAACAGGAUUCAUAGAGCGUCAGGAGGUUAAGCAGAUGUUAAUAGCACUUUUAUGCGAGUCUGAGCUGAAGUUGGCUGAUGAUACCAUUGAGGUUAUACUCGAUAAGACGUUUUCGGAAGCGGAUGUGGACCAGGACGGGAAGAUAGAUAAAUCAGAAUGGCAUAAUUUCGUGACGCGAAACCCUUCUUUGCUAAAGAUAAUGACGCUUCCAUACCUAAGGGACAUUACAACGACGUUUCCGAGUUUUGUGUUCAAUUCAGAAGUAGAAGAGAUAGCGACAUAAGAGAGAAGUUGAAAGGAUAAUGAAGUAAUGUUUUGUGUCUUGUUCUUUAUGAAUUCAAGCAAGCAUGGGUUGAAGAGUAGACAUUUGUAUUUUGUUAGCACAGUUUUUGGUUUGGGUUUCUUGAGGAGAAAAAUGAUUUGUUUUUUAAUCGAAUCGAAUGGAAUCGAAUCAUGAUGAGGGUUGCAGAAGAUGUAUAUUUGAUUCUGUAAGUAACCAGUCCAAAGAGGAAGUUGAGAAAAAUAUAUAAUCAUGUGGAU